AUGUGGAAAGGCCCUGGAUCAAAGCCAGAAGUUGUUGUGCGUCAGCUCGGAAUGACUUCGUUAGAAGACUUGACGGGUAUAAAGUCACGCGUAUACAUGAUGUACAUUAGCUGGGCUGAAAAAGAGGGCCUGGGGCCUGUGCUCUUGCUCGUUCUCAUGGUUGCGAAGCGCUUUAGGUACAUAGCUGUGGCGGAGACCCUGUUGAACGCACGAGCGAUGGCAAAAGAGGCUGGUUCGCCGAAUGAAGACGUACAGAUGCUAACUUUGCAGUAG